AUGCUGAGCUCAGUCUGCGUCUCGUCCUUCCGCGGGCGCCAGGGGGCCAGCAAGCAGCAGCCAGCACCACCGCUGCAGCCGCCCGAGUCCCCGCCGCCGCUUCCUCCGCCGCCGUCACCGCCGCCGCUGCAGCAGCAGCAGUCUGCGCAGCCCGGCCCCGCCGCGUCCUCGGCGGGCCCCCCGGCACCUCGCGGGCCCGGGGGCCGGCGCGCCGAGCCAUGCCCCGGGCUGCCGGCGGCGGCCAUGGGGCGGCACGGCGGCGGCGGUGGCGACAGCGGCAAGAUCGUGAUCAACGUGGGCGGCGUGCGCCAUGAGACGUACCGCUCGACGCUGCGCACCCUGCCGGGGACGCGGCUGGCCGGCCUGACGGAGCCCGAGGCGGCGGCGCGCUUCGACUACGAUCCCGGCGCUGACGAGUUCUUCUUUGACCGGCACCCGGGAGUCUUCGCCUACGUGCUCAACUACUACCGCACAGGCAAGCUGCACUGUCCGGCCGACGUGUGCGGGCCGCUUUUCGAGGAGGAGCUCGGCUUCUGGGGCAUCGACGAGACCGACGUGGAGGCCUGCUGCUGGAUGACCUACCGGCAGCACCGCGACGCCGAAGAGGCGCUCGACUCCUUUGAGGCUCCGGACCCAGCGGGCGCAGCCAACGCCGCCAACGCCGCCGGCGCCCACGACGCGGGCCUGGACGACGAGGCGGGUGCGGGCGGCGGCGGCUUGGACGGCGCGGGCGGCGAGCUCAAGCGCCUCUGCUUCCAGGACGCGGGCGGCGGCGCCGGGGGGCCGCCAGGGGGCGCGGGCGGCGCAGGCGGCACGUGGUGGCGCCGCUGGCAGCCCCGCGUGUGGGCGCUCUUCGAGGACCCCUACUCGUCGCGGGCCGCCAGGUAUGUGGCCUUCGCCUCCCUCUUCUUCAUCCUCAUCUCCAUAACCACCUUCUGCCUGGAGACCCAUGAAGGCUUCAUCCAUAUCAGCAACAAGACGGUUACACAGGCCUCCCCGAUCCCCGGGGCUCCACCAGAGAACAUCACCAAUGUGGAGGUGGAGACGGAGCCCUUCCUGACCUAUGUGGAGGGCGUGUGCGUGGUCUGGUUCACCUUCGAGUUCCUUAUGCGUGUCACCUUCUGCCCGGACAAGGUGGAAUUUCUCAAGAGCAGCCUCAACAUCAUCGACUGCGUGGCCAUCUUGCCCUUCUAUCUCGAGGUGGGCCUGUCGGGCCUCAGCUCCAAAGCCGCCAAGGACGUGCUGGGCUUCCUGCGGGUCGUCCGCUUCGUGCGCAUCCUCCGCAUCUUCAAGCUCACGCGCCAUUUUGUGGGGCUGCGCGUGCUGGGCCACACGCUCCGCGCCAGCACCAACGAGUUCCUGCUGCUCAUCAUCUUCCUGGCGCUGGGCGUGCUCAUCUUCGCCACCAUGAUCUACUACGCCGAGCGCAUCGGCGCGGACCCCGAUGACAUCUUGGGCUCCAACCACACCUACUUCAAGAACAUCCCCAUCGGCUUCUGGUGGGCCGUGGUCACCAUGACGACCCUGGGCUACGGAGACAUGUACCCCAAGACGUGGUCGGGGAUGCUGGUCGGGGCCCUGUGUGCCCUGGCCGGGGUGCUCACCAUCGCCAUGCCCGUGCCCGUCAUCGUCAACAACUUUGGCAUGUACUACUCGCUGGCCAUGGCCAAGCAGAAGCUGCCCAAGAAGAAGAACAAACACAUCCCCCGCCCCCCGCAGCCCGGCUCUCCCAACUACUGCAAGCCCGACCCUCCCCCACCACCCCCGCACCACGCCCACCACAGCAGCAGCGGCAUCAGCCCCCCGCCCCCCAUCACCCCACCUUCCGUGGGGGUGACUGUGGCUGGGGCCUACCCACCGGGCCCCCACACGCACCCCGGGCUGCUCAGGGGGGGAGCGGGUGGGCUCGGGAUCAUGGGGCUGCCUCCUCUGCCAGCUCCUGGGGAGCCUUGCCCUCUGGCUCAGGAGGAAGUCAUUGAGAUCAACCGGGCAGAUCCCCGCCCCAAUGGGGACCCCGCCGCAGCUGCACUUGCCCAUGAGGACUGCCCAGCCAUCGACCAGCCUGCCAUGUCCCCGGAAGACAAGAGCCCCAUCACCCCUGGGAGCAGAGGCCGCUAUAGCCGGGACCGAGCCUGCUUCCUCCUCACCGACUAUGCCCCUUCCCCUGAUGGCUCCAUCCGGAAAGCCAUCGGUGCUCCCCCACUGCCCCCCCAGACUGGCGUAAGCCAGGCCCCCCAAGCUUCUUGCCCGACCUCAACGCCAACGCUGCAGCCUGGAUAUCCCCCUAGCGGACGAAUCCCCUCCCCCCCGGGCUCUUGUCACCGCCUGAGACCUCGCGAGACCCUCGAUCCCCCCCUGCCCCUUCCCCCCAGGUUACGAGAAAUCCCGCAGCCUGAGCAGCAUCGCGGGCCUGAGUGGGGUGUCCCUGCGCCUCGCGCCCCUUGCCACUCCCCCAGGCUCUCCCAGGGCCGCCCGCCGCGCUCCCCCAACCCUGCCCUCCAUCCUCUAGCGCUCCCCUCCCCCCUGUGGGGGGACUGGGGGUGACAGGGAAGAAGGUCAAAGGAGCCGGGGGUGGGGGGGUGGGGGAAAGGUUUUUUUUUUUUAAUCAAAAAGUCAUUAAUAAUAUGCAACUGAGACGACGACGCCAGCAGACACCCCCGGACCCCUCACCCCCACCUGGGCCCCCAGGAUGGAGGGGGAGGAGCCAAAGUCCAGCCCCCCCAACUCUCUACCCUACCCCCCAAUAAAGCCUUCUCAGGUCUCCAUGAGCCAUAGGACAUCCCGCUCCCAUAAACUCCUGUAAAUACGUCCAAAUUAUGCCAAUUACAUUUUGGGGCACCUCUCCCCUACUCUGCAUGCCUCCCUCAAUCUGGACAGCCCCCCACCCCACCUCAGCAAUAAGCCACCAGGGGCUGCAUGCCACGGGACUGAGGGAAGGGACAUUCUGGGAAGGGGGCAGGGACCUCAAAGGGAGUUUAAGCCACAGGAGGGUUUCCUGGCCUCCUACUCUUCACCCCAGGAGGGCAACCCAUCACAUUGGUGUGAUAUAUAUAUACAUAUAUAUAUAUUAGCAACAAUGUUGGGGAAGGAGUAACAGUCACUUGAGCCUCCAAAAUGAGCUGAGCUCAGAUGGUAGAAGCAGAGGCAUGGGGUGUGUGCUGUGGACAGCUGCUCCCUCAGCCUUUAGGAGGAACCCUGGUGAAUGUGACCCUGUCAUCUCUCCCCAAUUCUCCCUCCCCAUCCCAACCUUCCCCCAAGGGAUCUGCUCGCCUCUAUUCUUGCUGCAUGGACUCAGACCUCCCAUCUCAGAAUUUCUGGGAUGAUCUGGCCCUAGCACACAAAAUUCCCCAAUACCCCCUUCAAAUUACCAGGACAUGAGACCUGUACCCAGAAUUCCUGAGACCAACCCUGGCACCCUGCAUCCCCUAAAUCCCCACAGGGUCCUGGGACUUAACCUCUGCAUACAGAUGCUGCCCCCCCAAGCCCCACCCCACCCAUUGCCUGGACUGCAUCCCAGCACCUUGAACCUCCAAGACUUGACCCAGCCCUUCAGCUCACUUUUAGCCUUUGGGAUGCUCCAAAUCCUUCCCACACUUGGACAUUUCUUGGACACCCCCAAAUCCUCAGGCCUCCCCCCCAUCCAGAUAUCCCCAAAUCUCUGACAUCAGACAUCCACCUCAGGUUCUCCUGAUGCUAGAAUUUCCAAGAUAGGCUCAACCUGUCUGCAAUUCCAGGGAACCAGACCUUCUCCUGGGCAUCCCCUUUCUUAUGCCUACACCUGCCUCUUCCAAGAGCCCCUCCCCCUACAUGGUGCCCAAAAGGGACCCUCUUCAUGGACAUCAGUGUUUCCCAGAGGGCUAUAUUUGGACCCCUGGUGAUGUGCUAAAGUUUUAGGCAGUACAAGGACACUUAAUCUAGAAAAUUUUGUCUUUUACGGCAUCUUCCAAAGAAGCUGGUAAGUCCGGAUACAGCUGCCUGGCUCGGACACCGUUUAUUUAGGGUAGAGUGUUUCCACUCACAGCAGAGGCUGUGCCCCCGUCAAGGGACACUGGAACAUCGGAAGCUUGGGAAACGACAAACCUACGGGGGCUGGAAUCCCAGCCCACCCUUCCCCGUCAUUCCUUGUCCUGCGAUGCUCAUGGGCGGAAGAUCAUUUCUCAUAUCCCAUCCUGGCUCAAGGAUGCGCUACCUCCCCCAAGCCCAGAGACCACACGGUCCCAGAAUCCUUAGAGGGGACCACCCCUUUUGGAGCUGGAGACCCACGGAAUUAGCAACCUCCCUCCUUCUGCUCCCACAGCCUCAGGAGCCCCCCCCCCCAACCUGAGGGUUGGGGGGUGUCACUGAGCAUGAUUCUUGAUGCAACGAUUCCUAUGCAAGGGGCAUUUUGAGUCCCCCAUCCUUCUCUUGGACCCUAAACCCUGGCGAAUCAGGGGUGAGGGGUGGGGCAGGUUCUGGUGGGAGCGGGGUGGGACGAGGCAAAGGGCUAGGGGCUCCAGACACCAGGGUAUGGGGGUGGGGACUGGUUAUAUUGCCAAAGGGUUUAACUUCUUUAAAAAAAAAAAAUAGCCCCCAGAUUCCCAUGACCUUCACGGGAGCCGAACAGCGCAGGGAAAGGGGGUGAGGAUCUUUUCCAAAGGGUACAGACCUCUUCCCAACGUCUCCCCCUGCUCGCCAAUCUGCCACACGUACCCAGCUUUUUAGUUAAGCUUUUGAAAAUAAUCACGAUCAUAAACUUUUACAAAACGUGACUCUCGUCCUUCACCACCGUCCCCAAACCCCAAGUCAACAGUGUGGGAUUCGGGGAGGAAGAGAGAGCUAAAGGGACAACUUCCGAGUCCCGGCUCCCCUUUUCUCCACGGCCGCCAGGGUGCCUGCAACUACACGCAUGCGCUGCAUGACGCGCUCCCCACACGCAUGUCGCGCCCCUCCUGCGCUCCGGGAACGCACGGACACGGGGCGGGGGACGAUUGGGGAGGAAGGCACGGCGGGGAGGGGGGGGUCCUCCCUGAGUUCAGCGGCUCCUCCUCCCCAUCACACACACACAGCAAUAAGACUCUCUCACUCAAAUGUGGGCGGGGCGGGCCUGGCCUGUCGAAGUGGGAGGUGGGAGGAGUGGCGAGGGGGCGCUCUCAGGGAUGGGGGCGGGUGUCCGGAGUCAGUGUGGGGAGGGGAGGUCUGCAAAUCGUCCAACUCUGGUGCUAAUGGCGGGUCUUCUCAGCCCACCCCCAGGGCAGGGAGGGAGGGGUCGACAUGGCCCCACCCCCAAGUCUCCCCCACGCCCACCCUGGGUGCAUGAAUCGCCCAAUGCAGAAGCUGCCGCAUGUCACCUGCCCUCCCUAAAGAAAAAAGUGUCAUGCCCCCUUCCCACCCGCCCUCUUCCCACCAAAAUAAAAGUUUCCUUUUCAUUUGAAAA